AUGAGCAGGGCUGUCAUAUUAGCUGCAGUCCUUUGUUUGUUUGUUUUCGGCCGGAAAAGCUCGUUGAGAAAUAAAAAGAAGAAGAAGAAAUUGAGUGAAGAAAAUUAGUCUUGUGGAGUGACAACUGAGCUGAUUUGAUGAGAUCGCAAACAGCUGAAGGGGAUGGAGGUGGAAAAAGUGAAGAGAUACUUGGAGAGCUCAGCCACCAUCGAUGGAGAUAAGCUGCCUUUGAGAUUUUUCCAACGCCUAAUUAUGCAUGGUCUCCGCGUUGAACUCAUCGAAACUAAUCGCGUUGUUUGCUCUUUUAAGGUCACCCCUCGUCUGUUGAACGAGGGAAAUUACUUGCAUGGUGGAGCCGUAGCGACAUUUCUAGACAUGGUUUCCUCCGCAGCAAUAUACACUGCUGGAGGUACCUUAACUGGAACUUCAGUUGAGAUCAAUAUUUCUUUCAUGGAUGCUGCUUAUGCUGAUGAUCUCUCAAGUGGAAAGAUGAGGGGGAUUGGUAAGGCACGAGGUGGUCUUUACAUCCUAGACCCGUCUCGACAGACCACUAUGGCUUCACCUACUUUUAUUGCAGCUACUGCUUCUGUUGACUCGUCAUAUCUUUGGCAUACUAGACUUGGUCACGCUUCGGUUUCAAGACUCAAUAAGCCCAUAUUUUUUCUUCACACAAGUCUCGGAUCCAAGAUGGGUCGAUGCUAUGUAACAGGAGAUUCGAGCUUUGGAGGUCAAUGGUACGUGAGAGGUUAUUCCUUUACCCACCGGUGUUGUUCCCAUUGGUUGCAAGUGGGUUUAUAAAAUUAAGUAUAAUUCUAAUGGUUCGGUGGAACGUUUUAAAGCCCGACUAGUUGGGAAAGGUUAUAAUCAGCAGGUUGGUAUUGACUUUCAGGAGGCUUUCUCCCCUGUGGUUAAAUAUGUCACUGUUUGAACUGUGGUCAGUAUGGCAGCAAUUUAUGAAUGGCCUCUUUUUCAGAUGGAUGUUUACAAUGCGUUUUUACAAGGAGACUUGUGUGAAGAAGUUUAUGUAGAACUUCCGAAUGGUUUUCGCAGCCAGGGGGAGUCUCAAGUAUGUCGUCUGCAUAAGUCACUGUAUGGUCUGAAGUAAGCCUCUCGGCAGUGGAAUUUAAAACUCACUGAAGCCUUAACGCAGGGAGGCUAUGUACAAAGCAAGUAUGAUUAUUCCUUAUUCACAAAAAGGAGUAGGUGUAACAUAGUCAUUUUGCUCAUUUAUGUUGACGAUCUGUUAAUUUUAGGAAGUAGCACUAGUAUGAUAAAUGAACUAAAACAGGUUCUGUACCAAAAUUUUAAGAUAAAGGAUUUAGGUGUGUUGAAGUACUUUCUUGGAAUAGAGGUGAUGAGAUCAAGCAAAAGAAUUGUAUUGAACCAACAAAAAUAUGCUUUAGAGUUGUUAGCUGAUCUGGGAUUAAGAGAAGCGAAAUCAGUGUGUACACCGCUUGAGCAGAAUCAAAAACUUACAUCGGUUGAAUAUGAUGAGUCCGUACAAACAAAGGUUGAUGGAGAUGAUUUAAUUAUGGAUGUUACAGUAUAUCAACGACUUUUGGAAAGGUUGUUAUACCUAACCAAUACACGACCAGACAUAAUGUUUGCAGUUCAACACUUGAGUCAGUUCAUGCACAAACCAAAAAAAUCACAUUUGGAGGCUGUUUUUUUGGUAGUACGGUACAUAAGGAAAAAUCCUGGCCAAGGUAUUUUAUUGUCUGCAGCUAGCAAACCGCAGUUGACUACCUUUUGUGAUUUCGAUUGGGCUUCAUGUCCUAUGUCUAGGCGGUCAGUGACUAGUUUCUGUGUUAAAAUUAGAGAGUCUCUCAUUUCAUGGAAAUUAAAAAAGUAAACCACGAUUUCUCGAUCAUCAGCAGAAGCUGAAUAUAGAAGUAUGAAAGCAGUAGUAGCAGAGGUUAUUUGGUUGAAUGGUUUGAUAAAAGAAAUCAGUCUUAGUCAACCUGAUAAAUCUAUGAUUUUUUCAGAUAGUAAGGCAGCUUUGCAAAAUGUAGCCAACCCUGUCUUUCAUGAACGAACCAAGCAUAUAGAAAUUGAUUGUCAUUUUGUACGAGAUAAAAUCAAAGAUGGAUUGAUUCAGAUACAGCAUGUUGGAACGACUGAACAACUUGCUGAUUUAAUGACAAAAACCUUAGGCAUCAAACAACAUGAGUAUUUAGUAUCCAAGUUGGGCGUUAAAGAUAUAUAUCAGCCCUCAACUUGAGGGGGAGUGUUGAGAAGUAAAACAAUUACCAGGGUAGUUAGAAUUAGUUAUAUGCAAGUUAGUUUGUUAGUUAACCGAGCCUAUAAAUGUAGAAUGCACGAUCAAUAUUUGAAUAAGAUGUAUGACUUCUUGAUCAUUUCACCAAUUGGGGUAUCUGAACUCUUGUAGAAUUGAGGCGAAUGGAUUCUUGAGUGGUAUUUGGAUUCUCUGAAAUGAUAAUGUUCAUGUUAAAAUUUUGAGAUUAAAUUCGUAGGUUAUUCACAUGUGGAUUGGCUCUAGCCAAAAUCCGUCGAGAUUCUAUUGUUCGACAAUUUAUGCAAGUCCCCAAAGGAGUAAUAGGCGUAUGUUGUGGGAUCAUUUGAACUCGGUAGUUGAUUCAUGUGAUAAAUUUUGGCUUAUUGCUAAUGAUUUUAAUUCGCUCUUGGAUGUGUCAGAAAGGAGAGGUGGCGCAGCUACAUCUAGAAAUGCAUGUGUUUUUUUUUUCAAGAUUUUCUGUUCAAUUAUGAACUUCAGGAUCUAGGUUGUUGUGGGUCUUGUUUUACUUUGAGUAGAGGAGGGUUAUCUCAACAUUUGGACCGGGCUAUAGGGAAUGCUAGUUUUGAUAUUUUUGCGUCUGAAUGCUUGGUUCAGAGUCUACACUGACUAAAAUCUAAUCAUCAUCCAAUUUUUUAUCCCUUAAACCUCGCCAGGUAGAGGGGACAAGACCUUUCCAGUGUCUUGAUAGUUGGAUGCUUCACUCUGAGUUUAGAAUGUUGGUUAGUUCUAAGUGGAAUUCUGAAGAGUCCAUGGUGAAUAUGAUGGAGAUUUUUUUGAGUUAAGGUCCAAAGCUGGAACAAUCAUAUUUACGAUAACAUCUUUAGUCAGAAGAAGUAAUUGAUUCAAGAGCUAAAGAUUACACAGAGACUAAUGGAGUUAAGGCCGAAUAAGAGAUUUCGCAAUUAGGAAAUAGAAUUGAGAGAAUCCUUAGAGGAGGUUUUGAAACAUGAGAAGCUCUUAUGGUUUCAGAAAUCCUGGUCAGAUUGGCUUUUAAAUGGUGAUAGAAAUACCAAAUACUUCCAUGGAAGGACACUAGCUAGACGUCGAAGGAACAAAAUUGAGGGUCUUAAGGUGGAUGGGACUGAUUAGUGUUUUGAUCUUGUUUUACUAAAACAUGUUUUGGGUGUUUAUAAGAAUCUGUUUGCCAUGGAUUAUUCAGUUGAUGAGUUUCUGCCUUACAGAGGUAAAUUUCAGGUUUUAUCUCCAAUUGAAAAAGGUAGUCUUGAGAUGGAAAUGACAGAUUUAGAAAUCCGUAAUGCGGUUUUUGGUAUGUCCCUGCUUAAAGUUCCUGGAGUUGAUGGUUUUCAUGCUAGGUUUUAUCAGUCUCAGUAGGAUAUUGUUGGUUCUUUAGUUUGUUCGAUGAUACAACAGGUGUUCAGAGGUUGUCCAGUGGACCAUAGGAUUAAUAAAACUUUCAUUGUUCUUAUCCCAAAGGUUGUUAGUCCGAAAAGUAUCACUCAAUUUCGCCCAAUCAGCCUUUGUACGGUUUUAUAUAAGAUAAUUACCAAGUCAAUUUUCAACAGGAUGAGACUGUUGAUGUCGAGACUUACUCAACAAAAUCAAGCUAGUUUCUUGAUGGGUAGAAGCAUUUCUGAUAAUAUUGUCAUUGCUCAAGAGGUGAUUCAUUCUCUGAGGAAUUUUAAAGGAAAAAAAUAGGAUAAUCUUUAAACUUGAUCUCGAGAAGAUGUAUGAUAGAAUUCGUUGGGACUUUUUAAUGGAUACACUUUCAAAGCAGGACUACCACCCAUGUUGAUUACGAUAAUUAUGAAUUGUGUGUUUUCGGUUACGUUCUAAGUCUUCUGGAAUGGUACGGUGACGGAUAAAUUUAGGCCUACUAGGGGUUACGACAAGGAGAUACCCUAUCUCCUUAUUUAUUCUAUGUAUGGAAAGAUUGGAGCACUUAAUUGAUGAAACAGUGAAUAACGAGAGGUGAAGGCCUCUGGUUUUAUCUAGGGGUGGUCCAGGUUUAUCACCUUUAUUUUUUGCAGAUGACCUAAUGCUAUUUGGUGAAGUGGAUCCGAAGCAGCCUGAUGUGAUAAAUAAUAUUUUGAAUAUUUUCUAUCAUUUCUCAAGGCACAAAGUGAAUAAGAACAAAUCUUAGGUUUUUUUUUCUCGCCUAAUGUUCCUGAAACAGUUGCUUCAGAUAUAUGCAGGAAUGUGGGUUUUGGACGUGUGGAGGAUUUGGGGAUGUAUCUUGGUCUUCUAAUUAUGCAUAAGGGAGUUGAAGUUAACACUUUUGAGUUUUUGGUGAAUAAGGUACGUAGCAGAAUCAAUGGCUAAGAAACUAUCACUGGCUGGUAGAAUUACGCUAGCUAAAUUAGUAUUACUUUCUACCCCUAAUUAUUUUAUGUCUACUGUUCGUAUCCCCAUAACUGUGUGUGGAGAAAUUUAGAAGCAGGCUCGCAAUUUUGUUUAGGGAUAUUUGUUUGAUUUUUAGGAAACCGACUCUUAUAAAAUGGGAUGAAUGUUGCCGCUCGAUUGAGACUAGGGGUUUAGGUUUACGAAGUUUGGUUGUUCAAAACAAGUUAUUCCUUUUGAAACUCGAUUUCCUUUUAUUGACCAAGAUAGAUGACUUAUGGGUUAAGAUUUUGAGGAGCAAGUACAAGAUUUGUAAAGUGCUACCGAUUUCUACGAUAGGAGUAACUGCUCCUACAUAUUGAGGUUUUUAAUGCGAGUUUGGCUAUUGGAGAUGGAGCCUUGACAAACUUUUGGAAUGAUAGUUGGAUUUAUCAGGUGAGUCCUCUGAGGAAUUUUUACAUGGGAUCCGAGACACAUUGCGAGUAUGUAAUUUAGUGGAUGAAUUUGGGAAUUGGGAUUGGAACCGUCUUAAAAGUUCCCUAUCGGAACCAAUUGUGAGGCAAAUUGCUUUAGUUUUACCUCCCUCUCUAGAUGCGGGAAAUGAUCAUUUAUCGUGGAGAUGGGCAAAUAGAAAUGCCUUUUCCAUGGCAGAAACUUAUAGAGGUAUGUACCAGUUUGAUUCGAAUAAUAACUCUAAUAUCUGGAAACUGUUUUGGAAAGCCAAGGCUCCUCAGCGAGUUAGAGUAUUCAUUUCGCUAUUAUGGAAAAACAAGGUGUUAGCUAAUUCCAAGAGAGUUAUGAGACAUAUGGGUUGGGAGAGCUAAUGUCCUCGAUGCAAUGGUACACUUGAAACAGAGUUACAUGCUGUUAAAGAUUGUUCGUUUCCAGGGCAGUUUGGAAUUCAGUUGUACAAAUUCAUAAACAAGUAAUUUUCUUCUCACUACCUUUUCAUGAAUGUGUUGCUUGGAACUUGCAGAAUAUAGGGAAUUUUGGUAGUCCUGAAAUUGAUUGGCAAAUAUUGUUUCCUAUAGUUUGUUGGUUAUUAUGGAAAAACAGGAAUAUGUUUGUCUUUUCCAAUAAUCAUAGCUCUAUCCAAGAUAUGGUAGAUAUAGGUAUCAGUUGGACGAGAAGUUAUUCAUCACCCUCGAUGGUUAUGUUCCAUUCGAAUUAUAUGGCUUCUAAUUCAAAAUGGUUAGCUCCAGAAAGUGGUUGGGUUAAGCUUAAUACGGAUGGUGCAGUUUCAACUAGCGCUCACUUGGUUGCAGUUGGGGGAGUCAUUAGAGAUGUUGAUGGUAAUUGGUUAUGUGGUUACUCGAUGGUAUUAGGGAAAGAUGAAGUGUUUAGGAUUGAAGCGAGAUCGAUGUUAGAAGGGCUUCGACUAGUUUAGGACAAUAGUUAUCGAUAGGUUGAGCUUGAAUCUGAUAACGCUCUAUUAGUAGAAUUAAUGUUAGCCGGUAAUUCUAUUGCUAGUCAUAUUGUAGAAUUACAAGCUAUUCAUAAGUUGUUGCAUAAGAAUUGGAAGGUUUGUAUCCGUCACGUUUCUAGAGCUCAUAAUGAAGUUGUAAAUUUUAUGGCCAAACAUGCUACUAUAGGAUUCACAAGUAUCCAAGUGUUCUCCAUAUCUUUUCAAGCUGUGAGGAUUUAAUUCAAAAAGAUAUUUUGGGCUUU